CAUUUUGGGCGUCUCAAAUGGUAAAGAGGUAAGGCAAUGACACCGCUAACUACACCAUUAACAUUGGAGAUGGUUCGGUUGGUAAUAUCGGAUAUUAAUACAUUUUGGCUCAUGUGAAGUUUAAUAAACCCAUUACAUCUUUUGAAAGAGUAUGGGGCAACCACGAUGCUCUGGGUCAUUUCAACCCCUGUCGGUGCGGAAAUAUGAGAACACGAAGCAACUGAGCACCUCUCUAAAGCUGCACUGAUGCAGUUGCCACAGACCAAAGCCAUACGCAAUACAACACAAUGACGCAGCAAGUAACGGGUUUUUUACAACUUUAAAUUUCCUAACUUUAUCGUUAUUAUUAUUUCAACAAGUUAUAGCAUAGAUCUACGUCGCUAAUGCAGCACCUCGUCUGAGGCAACAGUUGCCUCAAACCUCACUGACAUCAGCCAGUCAUGAUUCAACCAUCAUACAUAAUCUGUGAUUCAAUAUAUCCUUAUCAAAUGUAUUUAUGAACUACCACACUAGUAAUUAUCGAUAUUAAAAAAAAAUAAUGUAGGCCUAAUUUGGAUUGUAGGCGCUCACUGAAACAUUAGGUAAUUAAUGUUUUGAAACAAAUCAACAUUAAUGAUUCAGGAUAUUGAGUUUAUUAGGUUCUUGAAUUAGGUCACUGUAAUUUGUAUUUGAGAUCUCACUCUCUACAAUUUUGAAGGAUCAUUAACGAUGCUUACAAAGUGAUAACAAUAUCCAAACAUGAACCUAUGUAAUUAUCUGCCGUAUCUACAGUGUAUAUAUGCAGUGUAUAUAACAGUUAAGGUGCAAAGUGCGGUUUAUGGUCCCAUCAGUUAUCUUAACAAUUAUAUGGUGUGUAUACUUCAACGAGCUUCGAUGUGUUACAAGCUACUUGCUAAUAUUGCUAAUCAAUAUACGGUAUAAUUUAGACCUACAAAGUGUUGAUCGGAGUUGUUAUAUGAGCGUGAAUUAAUAUUUAUAUCGUUUUACUGAGAAUUCUUUGAAAUGAUUUGCUACAAAUUUGGAACAACGUUGUUACUUAUAAGUUACCUCCUUUAUCCUGUUGUUUGUGAAGUUGGUGACUGUGAUUUUGACGAUAAUCUCUGUGACUGGACAAAUUCAUUUGAUGAUCAAUUUGAUUGGGGUCGCAGACGCUUCCCAACUAGAACACCACUCACUGGUCCAACGGGUGAUCACACCUCUGGAAGUGGACGCUUUGUGUACCUUGAAGGAAACAAUGCAAGGGAUGGAAGCUCAGCAAAGUUAGUCAGCCCGGUUCUUAGCCCAUCUAAAUCGAGUUCAGAACUGAAUAUCUUGUAUUUUUGGUAUAGCAUGUGGGACCUUCUUGGUGGCAAUAUGGGAACACUUAAAGUCUGGAUAAUGCACGACGGACGUCUGGGCGAUGAGCCUAUUUGGAGUAAAAAUGGUCCUCAGACGAAGCGAUCUGAAUGGAGAGAAGUUGAACUCGUUUUACAUUCGGCUUCUCCUUUCCAGAUUAUUUUCGAAGGUAUCAUCGGCAGUGGUAACAGAUCAGAUAUAGGAAUCGAUGACGUCAAAUAUAUACAUGCAGCGUUACCUGGAGAGUGUGAUUUUGAAGGUGGCAAUCUUGGAUCUCUUUGCGGUUUCUACCAAGACGACACUGAUCACUUCGAUUGGUUAUUACAUAGUGGUGAAACGCCCUCACUCGAUACGGGACCUUUCUUUGACUCUACCUUUCAAAAUGGGUCCGAGGGCCAUUACAUUUAUAUCGAAACAACGAGACCCGACGAAGAAAGAACCGCUCGUCUGAUUGGUCUGCCAUACUAUAAAGAACAAGGCAGUGUCUGCUUUUUUAGUUUUAAAUAUCAUAUGUUUGGAGCCAACGUCGGUGAACUGAACAUAUACAUCCAAAACAACAAAGUAUGGUCGCAGUCAAAUGGAACUGUAGACGGUUGGCAGGAUGGAAGAAUCAGUCUACAAAAUAUUUAUGGGUACUACGAGGUAGAAAUUGAAGGUAUUCGUGGAGAUGGGAAUUUAGGUGACAUAGCAAUCGAUGACCUAUCGUUCACAGGGAACGGAUGUACUGAUAUUGAUAAAUGUGCAAGUAAUCCUUGUCAAAAUGGCGGGACGUGUUCACAGUCGUCAUCUCAAUUCAAAUGCGCAUGUGUACCAGGGUGGACUGGACUAUAUUGUCAAUUAGACAUUCAAGAAUGUCGAAGCGAUCCAUGUCGUCCGCCCAAGUCACGAUGCAUCGAAGAUUUAAAUGGGUAUACUUGCGAGUGUCCACAAGGAUUAAGGGGUGACGCCUGUACCGCGUGUGAUGUGAACUGGAAGCCACCAGACUGUUCCUCCUGCCAGCCCAAUUGGGUGGGAGAAGACUGUGACACUUGCUCAAAUGCCUGGACUGGGAAUAAAUGUAACGUAUGCCCCGAUAAUUGGUCUGGUUCGAACUGUGACCAAUGCUCAUUACACUUUAGUGGAGAUGAGUGCCAGUAUUGUAGUGCGCGAUUCACCGGGCCUGAUUGUGUAUCCUGUUCCGAGAGAUGGACAGGCGAAGAGUGUAACGAAUGCUCUGAUAAAUGGACAGGGGAAAACUGCGACAGAUGCAUUGAAGGAUGGACCGGUACAAUCUGUGAUGUUGCAAGUGACGGAAAUAAUGAUGAAAAUAAGGGUGUUGACCCUGAAAAUAUUCCGGCAAUCGUUGCAGGAACCGUAGGAGGCGUCCUUGUGAUUUUGAUUGCUGCAUCUUUUGUCGUGUACUGUCAAAGUAAUGACGAAGAGAAUGUUGAAGAUAAUAUCAAAAUGUCGGAGCAAGUGGUAGAGAUAGAAGGAACAAACAAUAAAACGUAUAGCGAGUCUUUAUAAUACAAAUAAAUAAAUUAAUGUCUCUUAUUUAGAAUGAAAACGUAUUGCCUCUUAUCAGUAAGACAGUGAUAUAUGGAUUGGUAAUAUUGGCCAUCUAGCUUUUGUAUUAUCCUUUUCACACAUAGUCUCAGUUAUUGUUUAGUUUUCCACCAAUCAGCGGCAAGUCUCACUACCCAAAACAUAUAAGUAUUUCACUGUUUUUGAAUUUCUGCAGAUAUUAUUCUCCUGAAGACGAUUGAAGUCACUCAAUCGAAACGUCGAAAUAUUCCCAACCAAAAACAACAGUUCUUUUCAGAACCGCAAGCAUGAAUAAUAUUGGCCAUGUUCCUUAAUUAUCCAUGAAAAUAUAGUACAUGCACUUCGUAUCUGGAGAGAAAAGCGCUAUAUAAAAAAAUAAAUAAAUAAUAAAAAAUAAUAAUAAUAAUACAGUAAUAAUAAUAAUAAUAAUAAUAAUAAUAGUAAUAAUGAU